CCCUCGAGUGAGAGCGAGUGAUUUUGCCCAGGCGGAUUAAUUCAUGUUGUGUGUGCUGAGGCUGCUUCUUGUCACUCAUUCUCUUCGCAGCGUGCGAGCGUACCCAGAAAACAGCCAAGGAGCAGUGUGCAAAAAUAUAUAUAUUCAAAAAAUUGAAAUAUAGGAAAAAAAGUCACCUACCAAAAACCCUCAGCAUCUUCUUACAGGAACAUACCUUUAUAAAGCAAGAAACAUCACUUAUCUAGCGAUUGCAAUGCUUCAAACCAGGGAUCUCAUCUGGGCAUUGCUUUUCUUUGGCAGUGCAGCUUCUCUGCAAGUGAACAUCAUUCCGGCACAAGGAGAGAUCAGUGUGGGAGAAUCCAAGUUCUUUCUCUGUGCAGUCACUGGUGAGGUAACAAAUAUCGACUGGUACGCACCCAGCGGGGAAAAGAUUCUACCAAACAGACAGGAUAUCUCAGUGUCUCGCAACGAUGAGGCCUCGUCCACCCUCACGCUCUACAACGCCGACAUCGACGACGCCGGAGUCUACAAGUGUGUGGCGAGCCAUGGUGAAACCGAGGCCGAGGCCACCGUCAACAUGAAAAUCUUCCAAAAGCUAACCUUCAAAAACUCACCAUCCCCCCAGGAGUUCAAAGAAGGAGACGAUGCGAUUAUCGUUUGUGAUGUUGUCAGCUCGCCUCCUCCCACUAUAAUCUGGAAGCACAAAGGUGUGAAGAUUCAGGUUGAGAAAGAUGUUCGUUUCAGAAUCCUGGGCAACAACCACCUACAGAUCCGGGGAAUCAAGAAAACGGACGAGGGGUCGUACACUUGUGAGGCUCGGAUCAUGGCCCGCGGCGAGAUUGACUUCAGGAUCAUCCGGGUUAUUGUCAAUGUUCUCCCUACGAUCAGAACCAGGCAGCCUGAACUUAAUGCUACAGCUGACAUUGGACAGUCUGUGGUGCUGGCCUGCGAUGCUGAUGGCUACCCAGAACCCACCGUUACUUGGGCAAGGGAUAAUAUCAUUCUGGAAGCGGGCAGUAAGUACAGCUUCAACGAAGACGGAUCUGAGAUGACAAUAAAGGAUGUGAAGAAAGUGGAUCAGGGAGAUUACAAGUGCAUUGCCAGGAACAAGGCUGGGGAGAAGGAACAGGAGAUUAGCCUGAAUGUUUUUGUGAAACCCAAAAUCACCUACACUGAGAAUAAGACAGCUUUGGAACUAGAAGAACAGAUCAGUCUCACCUGCGAAGCCAGCGGAGAUCCCACACCUAAUAUUGUCUGGAGUUUCGGCAGGCGGGUUUUCACAGAAGGAGAGCAGGAGCCCAUUAACAGGAUAUAUCAGGCUUCAUGGACUCGGCUCGAGAAACACGAGAGUUUGGAUCGAAAUAUAGAGGUGCGGAGUGAUGCCAGGGUGUCUUCCCUCACCCUGAAGUACGUCCAGUUCACAGACGCGGGACAGUACCUGUGCACAGCCAGGAACUCCAUUGGCCAAGAUUCCCAGUUCAUGUACCUCGAAGUUCACUAUGCGCCGAAGAUCCAAGGCCCUGUCACCUCGUACACGUGGGAGGGGAAUCCCGCCAACAUCACCUGUGAUGUCAUCGCCCACCCCAGUGCCUCAGUUGUGUGGUUCAGAGAUGGACAGCAGCUCCCCAGUUCUAACGCAAGCAACAUCAAGAUCUACAACACCCCCUCCACCAGCUUCCUGGAGGUUACUCCAGAGUCUCAGAGUGACUUUGGCAGCUACAAUUGCACAGCCACCAACCGUAUUGGCACCGAGUCAAGAGAAUUCCUCCUCAUUCAAGCAGAGGUUCCGUCCGCCCCCGUGAUCAAUGAAGUAGACCCUUACUCCAGCUCAGCGCAUAUAGAUUUUGACGAGCCUGACGCCAGUGGUGGCGUCCCCAUUCUCAAGUACAAGGCCGAAUGGAGAGUGGUGGGCCUGAGCGAGUGGAUGCAUAAAGAGUACGAAGUCAAAGAUGGCUACAAUGACAACACGAUCGUCAUCUCGGGGCUCAAACCCGAAACGAGCUACGAAGUGAGGAUGUCAGCGAUCAACGGCAAGGGAGAGGGCGACAAGAGCCAACCCACCAUCUUCAAGACUCAGCCAGUCCACUAUCCUUAUUCAAUGACCGCUGAAUCACCGUUGAUUGAGGAGAGAGGACAUGUCUUUCUUUUGAAGUAUAACUACCCUAAAGCCAGGCAGUUUAGAAAGAAAUCCAAAGCCCAUCACCUGACGUACUUGAGUAGAGACCGCGCUGUCUUUGGUGCCCGACUGUUACUGUCAGUCAACGGCGAAGAAAGUGAAGAAGACCUGCAUGAUGGAUUUCGCAGUCCAACAGCCAGCUCAGUUCAAACGCCAAGCACCGUUGAGAAGGACGGAAUGACUGCUGCAGAUUCAUCUGAAGAGACGGCAUCAGAGACAUACGAUGGCUCUGUAGACCUCGCUGGGACACCUGAAGAGAUGCCAAGCAAUUCUCACUUCUCAAUUCUGUUGACGACGGAAGAUUUCCCAACCACACCUGUACCUACAGCAGCUGAUGAAGCAGGUGGUGAAUCGGAACCUUCCGAACCACCGUCUGAAAGAGAUGCUUUAGAGGAGAUCCGUUCGACGACUGCGUUCCUUACGGUUCUUCCUGCCGAGGACAUUUCCGUUGCUGAAUUUGUAGAAGAAGGAGAAACAACUGAAGCACCCAGUGAUGGCACUGUCAAAGGAGCAACUGUUUUUUCGGAACCCGAGCAAUCACAUGAAGUUACUGAGGAGCCUCUUGCUGCAGCACCAACAAUGAUGGCUGAGAAUAGAACAACCAUGGCAGCACAUGCAGUGGGUACAGAAGAGACAGGUGCUCCUGUUGAAGGGGCCACAGGCUCAACCCUAACCACAGGAGCACUGUACGAAACUGAAACUACAGAACACCAGACCGCAACUGGAGGAAUUCAGACAAUGCACAGCACAGAGGUAGCCAACAACAUCUUUGAUUUGGUCACAAUCAUUCCUUUAUUUGACGGCCAAGAGGAGACCACUGAAGAUGGUGACGUGGUUUUUGAUGAUGACCAAGAUAAUCUGACUUCAGUGGUUGUAGUGCCUCUCAAGGAGGAAGAAGAAGAUGUUGAGCCACUUGUUUUAGAUGAGGAGAAUGACAUAGCUACACUUGGACCCCUAGGAGUGGAGUAUAUUACCGAAGCAACAGAAAUAGGAGAUAAAGUAGGAUAUGAGAAGGCAUCCACUCAAGCUGUAGAAGGAGUCAUUGAGAUAUUGACACCAUCCCAGGAAAAAGGGGAAUUGCAUACAACUUUAUCUCAGGAAUUUAUUUCUCAGAAGGAAUCGGGGUUAUUGAAUUUUGCCAUGCAGGAGGCCACAAUGUAUCCAACUAGUCAGCCAGCAACACUGCCGGAGGUCAUCUCAGUAGACAUCAAACCCCAGUCAAAAGAGACUGCGACCACUGAUGAGACCACAGUUGCCACCCCCACAGUUCCUGGCUUUGAGAAUGUAGACACAGCAGCAUCCAUGACCACUGAAAUUCUUUUAACAAACUCAGUGCUUCCAGAAACUGACUCCUCAUUUAGUGAUGCUGUCACUAAAACACAUAUAGAACCUGUUCCUUCAGUGACACCAACCCCCAUUCCUCCAAGCAGCACUGUCGUUAGCGCAGAUAAAGGGGAACCCAGCCCUCCGAAACUGGACGGUAGAGUGAUGGAAACAGGGAACAGUAUGAAAGUCAACUGGAUCAAGCAGGACGAUGGCGGCUCCCCAAUCCGACACUACUUAGUGAGAUACAAACCUAAGCACAUGCCAGACUGGAAGCCUGAGAUCAGACUGCCGUCUGACAGUGAGUAUGCCGUCCUCUCGGCCCUGGACUGGAAUACCGAAUACGAAGUAUACGUGGUGGCAGAGAACCAGCAAGGAAAAUCACAGCCUGGCAUCUACUACUUCAGAACCCCCCCAGAGCCCACUGCUAUCCCAGAUUCUGUGGCUAGUGGGUCAGGGCUGAGCACAGGAGCCAUCGUGGGAAUCCUAAUUGUCGUGUUUGUCAUCUUGUUGGUGGUCGUGGACGUCACCUGCUACUUCCUGAACAAGUGCGGCCUGCUCAUGUGCAUCGCUGUCAACUUCUGUGGGAAGUCGGGACCCGGAGCUAAGGGCAAGGACAUAGAGGAAGGGAAGGCGGCUUUCUCGAAAGAUGAAUCCAAGGAGCCUAUUGUGGAGGUGCGAACAGAGGAAGAGCGCACCCCAAACCAUGAUGGCGGGGGACAGACAGAGCCCAAUGAGACCACCCCACUGACUGAACCUGAGCACCCCGCUGAUACCACAGCUACUGUCGAGGACAUGCUCCCUUCUGUUGCCACUAACUCUGACACUGUCACUGAAACCUUCGCCACGGCCCAAAACAGCCCCACUAGUGAGACCACCACCCUCACCUCCAGCACAACUGCCCCAGCCGCAGACCCCAAACCUGCCCCCAUCCAGCAGGCAAGCACGCCCAAAGCAGGCGUCGCCACCCCCGCCCUGCCCCCCGCCGCCGCCGCCUCCGAUGCUGCCCCCCAGGUGGCCCCUCUGGUCGACCUCAGUGACGCCCCCGCGCCGGGCGGCCCUGGCAGCGCUGCGGACGCUCCUAAAGCUCCCAGCGUGCCCACCGCCCCGGCUGCCCCGCCCCCCGCCUCUGAGCCUCCGCAGCCCGAAGCCGCAAAGGGCCCCGGGAACGAGGGGGCGCAGACCAGCGUGGCGAAGAGCCCCGCCGAGGCCGUCGCAAACCCCGCGAGCCCGAAGAGUCCCGCUGUCACGGACAGCGCGGCAAACCAGGACUUUCAAAUUGACGGAGGACCCUUCAAGACCUCGGGCAUUGAUCUUGCGAAGGAUGUUUUCGCUGCUCUGGGCUCUGCUUCUCCUCCCGCUGUGGCUGGCAAGCAGACUGCUGAGCCUGCUGCAGCCCCUGCAGACUCCGCUGUACCGCCUGCUCCGGCCCAGGACGAGAAGGUCCCUGUAGAUGAUAAAAGUAAACCGGAGGAAACAGAGGUGAAGAAAACUGGGUCAGAAGUGAAGACGGUGCCUAACGAAGCCACGCAAACGAACGCAAAUGAGAGUAAAGCAUGAUCUAAUAAACAGGAAAACGCCACAGUCACAGACCUACAAAAUGUCACAAGAGCAUCCAACAAAAAUUAAAAAAAAGUUUUUCUUCAGUGUCUUUUAUUAUUUUUCAGAACAAGAAACAUGCUCCUGUUCGUAGAAUUGUAGAAAGAAAUCAACUCGUGCACUUGCAAUUUCUUUUUUCCCCCCACUCAUUCUCCCAAGUUUAGAAAGAAAGGAAAAGAGACUUAUCCUUCAACUGGUACUGUACACUGUGUAGCUGUAGGGUACUGAGAUGGUACAAAUGGCUUGGUUUUAAACAGUGCUUUUGGUAGAAUUUUCGCUUAAGAAAGAAAAGCACUGGAAUGAUAGUCUUUCAAAUGAAAACGUACAGUAUGUCACCUCAUUAGCUGGAUCAGAUAACUAUGGGAAAUUCUGGUUUAUAAAGAAACAGUCCUUACUUGUUGUGCACAGACUCCAUUACUCUAGGCGUAGAAUUUUAUUGUUACUCAUUGUUUCUGAUGAUCAUUAAAUGAAGGAUUGGAGAAAGUUUGGUUUGUUAUAUAUUACAUACUGUAUACAUACAUAUAUAUGUGUGUAUCAAUUUGCAGUGUUCAUUUUUUCAUGCAGGUUUUUUUUGCCAUUUUUUUAUUUCCAAUGUUAAUGGGUUAUGGGUAUGUUUGUUUUAACCCUUUUUUCUUGUGUUUAAAAAUGUGUAAAAGUAACUGCCUUCUAUUUUAUUAUUUUUUUAUCAUAAUGUUUUUGGGUUUAGCAUUAGAGCUUAGAUCAUUAGCAUGCUUGCUUUGCAAAGGGUUUUAUUUUUAGUUUUGAAAUACAGUAUGUUUACAGUUUUAUUCUCUGCUAGCUCCCAUUUAUGAACACCUUGCUAGGCUCUUAUGUAAAAAAGGGAUAGACAAGUUGUCAAGAAGAAAUAGGGGAAAGGGGUUCAUUUUAAACAAUUAAAAAUUACUUAAAAACAGACCAUUAGGCUGCAUUUAGACAGGUGUCAUUAUAUAUAUAUUCUGCCAUUUGUCCAUCUCUCUCCAUGUCUUUCCAUUUUGUGUCUUAUGCUGAUAUUUUGCCUGUAAUUCAGGAGGGUCCAAGGAGGUUUUACAUGUAAUCAGCCUACCAUAAAAAUGCUCUCAAAGAGCAGAAGGACACUAAGUAUAACAGCUGUGACAGAAAAGUCAACUGAAAAAGUGAAAGGGGAUGCUUUCACACUUCUGUUUCCAUCUUAGUGCUGUAGUCAGGAGCAGUAUUGGUACAGUACAAACCUUCAAGGUAUUAGUGUCCGUUAUCUUUAAUGGCAGUAGCUUUGCUGUCAGUGAGAUGCAGGUAGGAUCCAAAAAAAUAAUAUCAAGCCAGGCUUUAAACUUUGCAGAGAAUAGACCCCUUACAAUGAUUGAGGAAAGGAAAAACACAGGUUGCCUUUGUUUACAGUAAGGGUAAAAAUACACCAUUAAGGCCUGUUUAAAAAAAAACAAGUUGAUCUGAUAUUUGAAAAGCUUAUUUAUUAAAAGAAAAUAGUGCCCAUUUUAAUCUUGCUGAAAAUCCAUAAUUACAGCUUUAUCUGCUAUUGUUUAACUCAAUCAAAGAUGCAAUCUGAAAAUAGACAUUUUUUGUCUCUUUUUAUACAUAUGAGAAAGAAUACCAGAUUUAAUUCAUUAUUUAAACCAUAACAUUCUACUGUGGAAUAGGGGUUUCCAUGUUAAAAUUGUAGACCAACCCUAUUUUGUUUUGUACAGUACACUUCUGAGAACUUUUUUUCUUCAUUUAGACUGCAAGCUUGUGCACUGUGAAUGCGUGAAUAUCCUAGUGUGAAUAAAAUGUGUUCUCUGUCAUAGUAUUUAAAAAAGAAAAAAAAAUCGACAUAGUUUGGUUGUGAAAGGUUUAGAGAAUAGUUAAGAAAAAAAAUUGUUCCUUAAGAAAACAAAAGACAUCAAAAACACUAAAAGGGGGAAACGAGGAAGAAAAUGCCUUCGAAAUUGUUCUUGUUGCGGCAUGCAUUCCACUUUCUUCAGUGUUUGCCUGUAAUGGAGAAACAGAUGGUCCAAGACUGCAGCCCAAUGUUCUGAUAUAUUGACCUGUGUAGGGCCUUUUCACUUCAGUGUCUAUGUGUGCAGUCAAGGUAACGAUAACUGAUGGUGUCGCUAGUUUGUAAGUUCAAACUGUGAAAAUACUGGUCUUGUCAUUUUGCUCAAUGUGUUUUUGCAUAUAUUAGGCUCUGGGGAUGAAAAUGGAGGUAAUCGACUUCAGUAACUUGUUCUUUUCAUUAAAAGGGCUUGCUGUCUAUGCCUACUUGUCACACAGACUGAAGCUUUUUCACAGAGUAACAUUUCCAAGGUCUAGAGAGGUCAUCUCCGGCUUGCUGUUAAUUAGUUAAAUUUGUGAGAAGUCACAAGUAAAAGCAUUCAGAAAAGCUAGAUCUGGAUAGAGCUGCACUUGGAGAAAUUAAGAGUUGAAAAAGACUUAACACCAUGGUGAAUUGGAGUGCUUAUUCUGUUUAACCCGUUGUGCUUGAACUAAUUUUCUGGCAGCUACAGUAUAUGCUCUUACAUCUCUGGAGUACUGCAGAGGAUAGUGAUUAUACAGUAGAUCACCUAGACCAGUCCUCGUAAGAAGAUCUGUUAAGAAUUUGUGCUCUUACUGACUCAACUAUAUGACUGGGGUCUGAGUCCUGGAUUAAAAUCUGCAGCACUUUGUUGAGAUUGAGACUUUAUAAUGCUCCAAGAUAAAAAGGCCUUUGAAGCUUGUCUUGUUAGUCAGUUUUUUUAAAUGUUACUUGCUGUAGCCUCUUGCAUACAUUUUUACAUAAGAGGCAUCAUGCACUUCAGCUCAGCAAUGCAGGCUUACUUUGCUAUAAAAUGGGCGACGGUGAGGAAAGGUCUUAUGAUUUCUUUUGAUAUGAUUCCAUACCAUUCCUAACAAUGCAAAAUCCAAAUCUCUCUAUAUACUGUAUAUAUACAAGCGUAUAUCAUUACAUCAGUUAAGUUCCGUAUUCAUAUGAGCCAGAAGUUAUUUCUCAUGUUUUGUUCAAAUGCCAUUAAUAUGGGACCAAGUUUUUGCGAGUUUACACAAGCCUUUGAACUUGCAUAUUGUGCCAUGAAUUUGUUGACUGACAAAAUUGAAGUCUAUGAAUUUGAAGGAAUAAAAUCUUAAUCUCAUAAUGGAAAGCCAAAUGUUAGUCUUAACAAUUAGUCUAAGUGAGUCUUUUUUAUGUAUAAAUAUAUAGAAAAGGACAGGUGCCUCAUCCCUUUAAGAGGACCAUGUCAAAUUUCCAAGAAACCUCCAUUGUCAUUCCUACCCAGCAUUCCCUGCUUUGGGGGCCUUCUCUCUUGUAUACAACUUUUUACUGAGUGAAACAUUGGUACCACCUUUCUUUCCACUGUCACUGGUGUAAAUACUGAGUACUAACCGAAAAAUUUUGACUUUGCAUUCUGUCAGAAAUACUUGUGUUCAAUAAAAGUUACAAAAUAAAAAAA